CAGAGUGCGCCGGAAGUGGUUGGCGAGUGCGAGUGUGUCCGAGCGGCGGUGGGAGCGCGCGCGGAGACAGAGCUACCCCCCCUCCCCCCAAGCGGGACAGAGAGCCUCCCCCACCCCCACCCCCACAAAACCCUGAGACACAGAGCUCCCCCGACACACACCCGCCCGGAGGCGCGAUGCUGAAGGCCGUGAUUCUGAUUGGGGGCUCCCAGAAAGGUUCCAAAUUUGAAGGAGAUCUUACUGAUUGGGUUUUACCAGCCAAGCGAUGAAUUAAACCGUUUCCUCUCAUCAGCACAGCAGGAAUUCAAAGUCUGUAUCAGGUAUCUUCAAGAGUACAUAGCUCUGGGCACUGGCGGUGGGCUGUAUCACUUCCGAGACCAGAUCCUGUUUGGAAACCCAGAGAAAUUCUUUGUCAUGAACGCAGAUGUUUGCUGUGAGUUUCCCCUGGUGGAAAUGAUGGAAUUCCAGCAAUCCCGGGGCCACCUCGACUCGUUCGUCAUGUUGGGCACAACUGCGAACAGGAGGCAGUCGAUGAAUUACGGCUGCAUUGUGGAGAAUCAGCAGACACACGAGGUUCUCCAUUAUGUGGAAAAGCCAAGCACUUUUGUCAGUGACAUCAUUAACUGUGGAAUUUACCUCUUCACGCCGGAUAUUUUCCAGUAUAUCGGAGAAGUGUUCAAGAAAAACCAGCAGGACCUUUCCAUGUAUCCUUCCGUUGGAGAGGAGAACACAAAUGGCUGGCAGCGAGCUGAGGUCAUUCGCCUGGAGCAAGAUAUCUUCACCACCAUGGCUGGGCGUGGCUCCCUCUACAUUUACAAAACCGAUGGCUUCUGGAGUCAGAUCAAGUCAGCAGGGUCUGCCAUCUAUGCCAACCGACUGUACCUUAACCAAUACCAGAAAACCCGUCCUGACCGACUGGCCAAGAGCGGACCAGGUAGUCCCAGAAUCCUCGGCAAUGUUUAUAUCCACCCGACAGCGACCAUUGACCCCACAGCUGUGCUUGGUCCCAAUGUCACCAUCAGUACGGGAGUGACAAUCGGAGCAGGAGUUCGAAUCCGAGAGUCCAUCAUCUUACACGGAGCUUCCCUACAGGACCACAGCUGUGUGCUCAACUGUAUCGUGGGUUGGGACAGCUCCGUCGGCAAAUGGUCAAGAGUUGAAGGAACGCCAAGUGACCCCAAUCCCAAUGAUCCACAUGCCAAGAUUGACAGUGAAACACUCUUCAGUGAUGGGAGACUUAAUCCUUCAAUAACUAUUCUUGGAUGUAAUGUCAGCAUUCCCUCGGAGGUGAUCAUCCUGAACUCCAUUGUCCUGCCUCACAAGGAGCUGAAUCGUAGCUUCAAGAACCAGAUUAUUCUAUAGCCAGAGCUGAGCUGAACCCUCAGGGCGAGGGGAAAACUUAACUGUUAGGAUCUGCUGAGACCAUCUGACCUGUGCCUACAACAUCAGGCGUAUGUGCGUUAUACAGAUUUCAGCCUCGUUACUUUAUAGACAUGUGUCAACCUGUUCAGCUUUUCAAUUACCGAAAAUGGCCCUUAAUUCAACCAAGCCCAUGUCACUCACCCCCCUGUGUGUACACACUCCC